CGAAAAAAUGUGGAUAUUUGGAAGGAGAGGGCUAUCUGGUUUCUCCGGUUCAUCAACGGCCGAGGAAGUUACUCAAGGAAUAGAUGGAACCGGCCUUACUGCCAUCGUUACAGGAGCCUCAAGUGGUAUUGGUGUAGAGACUGCCCGUGUCCUUGCCUUGCGUGGUGUACAUGUAAUUAUUGCAGUUCGCAAUGUGGAAAGCGGUAAAGAAGUACAACGAAGUAUAGCUAAACAGAUUCCUAAUGCCAAAGUUGAUGUCAUGGAAUUGGAUCUUAGCUCCAUGGAAUCUAUUAGAAAGUUUUGUUCCGAAUAUGACUCCUCCGGUCUACCCUUGAACCUCCUCAUUAACAACGCAGGGAUUAUGGCUCCGCCAUUCAUGCUCUCUCAGGACAACAUUGAAUUGCAAUUUGCAACUAAUCAUGUUGGCCACUUUCUUUUGACAAAUCUUUUAUUGGAAAAGAUGAAACAUACAUCUCGUGAGAGCCAGAAAGAAGGGAGAAUAGUCAUUGUUUCUUCAGAGGCACAUCGAUAUCCAUACAAGGAAGGAAUUCGGUUUGAUAAAAUUAAUGACAAGGAAAGUUACAGUCCUUGGUAUGCUUAUGGACAAUCAAAGCUUGCAAAUGUAUUGCAUGCUAAUGAACUUGACAGGCACCUUAAGGAAGAAAGGGUGGAGAUUACUGCUAAUUCACUUCAUCCAGGAGCAAUCACCACAAACCUUUUUCGCCAUCUCAGUUUCAUCCAUGGUGCUGUCAAAUUCAUAGGCAAAUACGUGCUCAAAAAUAUUCCACAGGGAGCGGCGACUACGUGCUAUGUGGCAUUACACCCGCAAGUUAAGGGAGUAAGCGGUGAGUACUUCUCAGACAGUAACAUAGCCAAACAGAGCUCUCACGCUAAGGACUCUGGUUUGGCCAAGAAGCUAUGGGUGUUCAGUUUGAAUUUGAUAAGCUCCUAAUAAUGAUGUGUUGAGCUCUUGAGUUGAACAAAAUGAACUCAAUGAUGGUACAGUAUAUGGAAUUGCAGAGUUUAAAAGGUGGUCUGGAGCUCGGUUAAGCCCUCUUCCUCCGCCCAUGAUAAUGUCAUGUAUACAAAAGCUUAGUUUUCCCUAAAAUAAAUACGAACUUGAACUUCGACAUGUCAUGAUAAUGGUAGUGUUUUAUUACGUAGUAUUAUUUUUUGUUAGUCUCCUGUCAAUUAAUAUCUUGUUUAAUAAACUCAACUUGCUCAAUUGGGGUUGCUGAGGGGUUUCUGGUUCAAAAUGAUUUAUAGAACUUGUUUUAGUUUAAGUCAUUCAAUUUUAGUAGCCGUAUGCAAGUGUUAGGCUGUGUUUGCAACAGUUUCUCAGAAGCACUUUUCUUCUUAUUUGCUAGAAAAGCCAAAACUUGUGUUUGCAAAAGGGAGCUUCUACUUAUUUUUAAUCAAAUUUACGUGAAAAGCCAGAAGCAGCAUUUGGGUUUCUUUUAUCUGAUUCUUGGUGAUCUGGUAAUAGUAGCAACUUGGGGGAAGAUUAUAUUUAUAAUCAAGUGUUUAUUCCGUAAAUGUCCAUAUCUUCUCCCUGUAUCUGUGCCGCCCUACACGUCUUCCCCAACCUUAGCUAUUCAUUCAAACAACUCAGGGUUUUAAUAGCAGAGGAAUCUUUCAAUUCUUUAAUUUAUCCACUCAAGCAUGAGCACAUUAAUCUACAAAUUAGUUCCAACAUGUAACAUAAUUUAUAUAUAUACUCCCUUUGUAUUUAUAUGUUCC